AGUAAAAAGUUGCUAACUUUCAUGGCAGUUCGUCUUCAACCUCUCCUCUAACCCCUUUUCGAACAAAUCAUUACAAAUUUCCCCCCAAACAGUGCCAUUUGCAAAGCUCCCAUCAAUUCCACUCCUUUUCUGUCGCGUCCCUACCAAUUAAUCCUCUGUUCGUCGUUUGAUUACAAAUUCCGCGCACGGUUGCGAAUCGGCGCCCCCAAUUUCACUCGCAAGAGCUCAAUUUGUUGUUUUCUAGGGUUUGCUGUUCGAACGCCGCCUCCAACGCUCUCUUCCUCGAAAGGAAAUCUGGUGGUGAGGAGUGCUUGGCUUGAACUGUUGAAUGGGAGAAAAGCUAGCCAGAUCUAAUUAGGGUUACGGAGCUUCCAGAUCUCGCGGCGGCGGUGGCGGUGGCGGUGGCGGAGAUGGUGGCGGAGCCGUGGAUACUGAAAUUAGGCAAUCAGGUUAGUUCGAAUCUAAAGCACGCUUUGUACCUCGAGAAUUCGACGAAAUCCACAACCAGAAAACAGAGCUCUGUCGAUCGAAGAACAAUCGGAAUCCUCUCCUUCGAAGUUGCUAAUCUCCUCUCUAAGAUCAUUCAUCUCCACAAAUCACUGACCGACGCCGCUUUUUCCAAGCUGAGAAACGAGAUCCUGAAGUCCGAGGGGAUCAAAACCCUAAUUUCGGGCGACGAACAGCGCCUUCUAGAACUUGCAUUUGCAGAGAAGCUCGACGAUUUGAACAGAGUCGCCGCCGUCGUGUCGAGAUUAGGGAAGAAAUGCACCAUACCUGCACUUCAAGGCUUCGAGCACGUCUAUGGCGACAUUAUCUCCGGCGCAAUUGAUGUUAAGGAUUUAGGAUUUCUGGUGAAGGACAUGGACGCCAUGGUUAGGAAAAUGGAGCGGUACGCCGCCUCCACGGCGGCUCUGUACUCCGAAAUGGAGGUCAUGAACGAGCUCGAAUCCGCCGCAAAGAAAUUCCAGCAGAGCCACCACGAGGAAAGCCGGAAGGUUUUCGAGCAGAAACUGUCAUGGCAGAAACAGGACGUCCGCCAUUUGAAGAACAUCUCCCUAUGGAACGAGACCUUCGAUAAGGUCGUCGAAUCGCUAGCCAGAGCCGUCUGCACGAUAUACGCUCGAUUGCUCGUAGCAUUCGACGACGUCAAUUGCGGAUCGCAGAUCGCCGGUAAAUUGGAUGCAUCGGACAGAAGUUCUCGAUCGAGCAAGAACGAAUUUUGCGCCGAGAAUUUCAAAUUCGCGUGCGGGAUAGGGCCGGGGAGGCUGCUGAUGGAAUGUUUAAGUUUAAGCUCGAAAAUUGACGACGACGACGAUAAAUCGACGGGCUUAAAUUCGAUCAACCGAGGCACGACGAGGAUCGGAAAUUCGAUGCAGGCGCCGUCAACCACAGUCGGAGGGUCGGCAUUAGCCAUGCACUACGCAAACAUAAUCGUCGUUUUGGAGAAGCUUCUCCGGUAUCCACACUUAGUAGGCGACGAGACGCGUGACGAUCUAUACCAAAUGCUCCCGACGAGCCUACGUCGGCGAUUGGAAAUCAAUUUAAAGUCGUACGUAAAAGACUUAGCGAUGGCGAUUUACGACGCCCCGCUGGCGCAUGCAUGGCGGGAGCGACUCGGCGCGACGCUGACGUGGCUCGCCCCGCUGGCGCACAACAUGAUCCGGUGGCAGAGCGAGCGCAACUUCGAGCAGCACCAGAUUGUGACAAGGACCAACGUUCUGUUGCUGCAGACGAUUUAUUUUGCGGAUCGGGAGAAAACAGAGGCGGUCGUUUGCGAGGUGCUGCUGGGUUUGAAUUAUAUUUGUCGAUACGAGCAGCAGCAGAGCGCGCUGGUCGACUGCGCGAGUAGCUUCGACUACGACGACUGCGUCGAAUGGCAGUCGCAGUUCGUCAGGGGAUCGGUUUGAGCUUGAUUUUUAUUUGAAAUUUAUAUAUAUAUAUAUGUAUGUAUGUAUAUGUAAAUUUGGUGAGUUUUCGUUGGAGUUGAUUUCAUUUUAUCUA